AUGGAGUCAGGUCAGACUGGUAGUUACUUUGACUUUCUCAACCUCGACAACGCCUCGAACCUCGACAACGGCGGGGCGUUUUCGAGCCCCGACGUGGAGCAGAAUCUCAGCACAUUCACACUGGGGAAUGGCGAGCCGUUUCUGAGCCCGGGCGUGGGGCAGAAUGCCAGCACAUUCAACACCCCUACGAAUGAUUUCUACCGAUUGUGCUCCAACGGAAAUUUCCCCCCGGAGCAGCCUAUGUCGGCGAUCCCCCGACGCAGCUCUUGGGCCCAUAUCCUCAAGCCGGCCCAAGGAACGGCCCCGACCCCUCAGAGCAAUGCUCCCACUUUUCAGGUCGGGAGCACCUCCCCUGAGUCCCAGUUCCCGGUCCCGGCCCCUCAGAGCAAGGCUCCUACCGUUCAGGUCGGGAGCAACCCCCCGGAGUCUGCCUCGCCGGAGACUGCACCCCCCCCGGCCAAGCGCAAAUGUCGGAUUUCCAAAAAAAGUGAUACCGAGACCCCCGAGGACCCUGAGAAACGGCUCAAGUUUCUUGAGCGGAACCGGAUCGCUGCCAGCAAAUGCCGCGAGAAGAAAAAGAUCCAACAACGUCUGAUGGAGCAGCGAAGUGCUGCUCUAGAGAAGGAGAACGCGGAGCUGCGGGCAAAGAUUGAUGCCUUGACGGCGGAUGUUCAGAAUACGCAGAACAUCCUCAUUACGCAUGCUAAGUGUAAUGAUCCCAACAUUGAUUGUUGGUUCCGCCGAAAGGCGGAGCAGCUUGCGAACGGGAAUAUGCAAGUGUAA